AUGUCUCAGCCUGAGCAACCGGUUUUCCCGCAAGAUGCUCCUCAAAUGGACAUAGCUGUUGUAGAAAAGCACGCUUUGCCCUUAAUCACACCUUAUUGCUACCUGGAAAUGACGAAAAAAGCUAAAAUAGAAUUGGAUUUGGAAGCUUUGGGGUUGACUUCGCAGGAAUUCGAACCGUUGCUGGCAUUUUUCACUGAUUUGUGGAGAUAUCUGAUUUACCAUCGACUUGGUGGGCAGUCACUAUCGAAUGUUUUGAAGUCCUCACUUCCUCUUCCUUACAUUGAUCUCGUUGCGGCUAUCUGGUACUCGGAUGGACCAUCCGUUUAUACUCACUUAGCUCGUCGCACGGCUUCGGACAAGGCUCGAGUGCAGGAUAUCUCGUGGAGUAUUUGGACUCAAACAGCGAGUGAUUAUGCUCUUGAUAAGAGUGGACAGCAUGGAAUUCGACUGAAUAUCGUAACUGAUAAAGGAACAAAAUCUGUGUUUCUCACUCCAUCUCAAGUCGCCAAUCUUCACAAGGAAACCGUUCGGAUACAAACGGAAAUAGAUAAGUUGCUAGAAUAG